AUGGCAUUCCCUCUGCGAUUCCUGCUUUCUUUCUGGAUUUUCCUGCAUGUGCUGGCGGGCCCGGAGGUUGACGAGCUCUACGCUGAACUUUUGGCGGAGGCCGACAUGCCAAGCCUGACUGCCCCGAUGGCAGCUCCGGUUAAUGCAUCUGCAGCAUCAUCUGAAGUGACCGGUGCCAGCUCUGCCAGCUUGGUGCCGCCCUUGCCAAAUGCGACCGCUGCACCUGCCACACCGACUCUUGGUCGCAAGCCGAAGGUGCGCCCUGGCCCUACGAAUCUUCUACACGAGCUGCUCCAUGGGCCGCCAACGAUCACUGCUGCUGCGGAAGACACAGGCCACGCGGGUCUGUCGGACCCCUCUCCUGCGGACGGUGCCACCAUGCUUAGUGGCCCACCUGCGGAGAUCUUCCUCGGGUACACGGUGAACACGGAGGGCGAGACGGGCGAGGCUUGGGCUCCUGACGACACUAUGGUUGAUGUGAUGCUGGACAGCCCGGACAGCGAGCUUGAAGAGCUGCCAACACUGCAAGCGCAGCCUAUCACUGGGUCAGGGUCUGAGGCUGGAUCUGAGCCUACAGAAGACCCCAGCAAUUCCUCAGAGCCUGAUGCCAGCUGCAGCACUGGAGCACCACAUCGCCCUCCUCCUGCCGUUACACCGCGCUCCGGGGUAUAUGUUCACAGUCAAGCCUGCCAGGCGGUACCAACCACACGCAGCGUGUCAGUUCAGGCGGAGGGCUCGGCCAUCGAUGAUGCGAUACAGAAGCGGCACAUGCCGAGACCGUUGCCCCCACCCAAGCACAGACGAGAAGGCCAGUCGUGUGAUCUUUCGGACCCUUGUUUCGUUCAGGGUUGUCGCUGGGUUGGGGUUGAUUGCUUCUGUCCCGCACUGCACUUACUGGCUUGCAUGUGUCGGUUUUCACUGACCUCGCAGGCUGAAGUAAUGAUGUGCAAUGACAAGCACAUGAUCCCUACAUGGCAGGCCAUUGCU